CUUGGCUUCUGCCUUGGUUUAGCGGAGCCUCCGGAUACCAGCUAUAAAAAUCCGCACGACCGCUCGCGGGUUGCGGAAGCCUUUAAUGCCUAGUUGCCAGCAAGCGGCUGUUCGCGUUUUGCAUCCCGAAUGCAGUAAGCCUGCUGCACGUGCAUGUUUAAAUACACCUUACUGGCACACGCAGGCAUUUCACAAGUAUACAAUGAAAGUGUUGUUACUGAAGGAUCCAAAGGAAAGUGAUGGUGGACCAGAUUCAUAUAUAAAUGAACUGGGUUCACAUGGACUCAAAGCAACUUUGAUCCCAGUUUUAACGUUUGAAUUUAUUUCUCUUCAAACUUUCUUUGAAAAACUUCUUCAUCCUGAACAAUAUCAUGGAUUAAUUUUUACCAGUCCAAGAGCAGUAGAAGCUGUUAGAUUAUGCCUAGUGGAUAGUUGUAAAAAAGAAGCUUGGAAGAAUUAUCUGAGAAAAGAAUGGAAUACUAAAUCUGUUUAUGUGGUAGGGAAAGCUACUGCUGGACUAGUAACUGAAAUAGGUCUCAAACCACAAGGAGAAGACUGUGGAAAUGCCGAGAAACUAGCAGGAUUAAUUUGCUCCCGAGAGUCAUCCAAUUCAUUGCCUCUACUUUUUCCAUGUGGUGCUCUAAAAAGGGAAACACUUCCAACAAUGCUCAAGGACAAAGAUAUUGCAUUGGAAUCUGUUACUGUUUAUCAAAGCAGUCAACAUCCUGACCUCCAAGAAUCCUUGAAGAAUUACUUCUCGCAAGAGGGUGUUCCUGCUAGUGUUACUUUCUUCAGUCCUUCUGGUGUUAAAUACUGUCUGAAGCAAAUUUUGAAAUUGUCAGGUGAUCUCAUUUCCCAAAUUAAGUUUGCUGCUAUAGGUCCAACAACAGCUGAAGCUCUUGUAGCUGAAGGAAUCUUAGUAAGCUGUACAGCCAGUAGCCCUACCCCCCAGGAUCUUGCUACUGGACUUAGAAGAUGUCUCCAGCUGUAAGACAUUUGAAGACUAUGUAAUUUGCAGUAAUAUUUCUAAAAUUAAAGAUACCUCUUUAAUAUGUAAUGUUGGGUUACUGCUAGCAAUCAUUGGAAGUAUACAUCUCUGAUUUGUAAGAUGUUUUGAACACUUUUAUAUUGUAUUAACAGCAGUGAUAAAUACUGCUACACGCUAACUUGGAUUAUAUGACACGUAUUCUAACUAAUGAAAACUAAUGAUUCACAAAAUUCUGAAUCAUAGCUUCAAAUAAUGCUUUUACAUUUCCUUAGUAGAAGAUAAAAAUAGAUGAUAGCAUAGUUGAAUAAAUAUAUCAGGCUAUAUUUUGGGGAAGCAGAGCACAAAAAAAGAGUAAGAAUAGUAAGCCAAUUAAAUUGAGGGCAUUAGUUAAGAAAAAGAGAAGUAAAUAAAACUAAAUCUAGUUUUCACCAAUACUUUCACUGUAUCCACACCUUUCUAUCUUUGCAAAUUAUCCUUAUUUCCACCAUGUCCACACACCUGUUCAUGUAUUGCUUUUUGUGUCAUAUUCCUUUCUGCAUGAUACAGUCUAUUUAAAAUUCAUUGCAAAUCACUUAGAUUCUCCAGCAACAGCCCAGAAUUUUUGGCAUAUAAAAAUAAAUAUAUACAGUGGUACCUCGGGAUACGAACGCCUCUACUAACGAACUUUUCGGGUUACGACC